AUGUCUUCUGCUCGUGCCGACCUAGAAGUGAUUUCGACCCUCCAAGAGUACCAUCAAGCAAUCAUCUCAGCAACCUGGAUGAUCACUCUAUCCCUCAUCCCCCAAGACCUAGUGCGAGCUGGAGCCAUACUCCUCGGCUUUCUGAUAUAUCUACAGACCUACCGCCCACGAAUCCUCAUGAAAACACUUCAACUUCGACUCUCAUCCUUGGAGGAAAAAUUGCAGGAUGCCGUCGAUAGCGGAAUUAUGCGUCAAUCGGAUGCAAGUUUCACUAAUCAGUUUGUGAGGGACAUGGGGAGAAUCCGCUACAGGACCUUUGAGCUCUACGAGAGAACGCUCAUGACGUCCGGCGGAAUUUUUCAGGAGAUAAAGGCCGUUUGCGACGGCCUGUCACUCAAGAUCAAUGAGUGCAUUCGGGAUGUUGAUGCCCUAGAAAGGGACCUCGAAAUCAACCGCGCAAAAAUUCUAAAAAAUCAGUAUCACUUGUGGAGUGACAGGCCGAACUGA